AAACGAUAGCGUAAUAGGAAACGAUAGACGUUUUUAUAUCCGAUAUAUAUCGUUAUAUCGAACAGCCCUAAGCAGACUCAUCUGCCUCAUCUGCUCCUUCAACCCAGGUGACCUUGUGUGUCUGCUUCCUGCACAGGUGACGGUGUCAUGGCUGCCUUCUUCACCGACUUACCCUCCUAAACAUCUCAGGAACAUAACCAUCGUAGAAACUGCCCGUCUGAGGAAUCGAAUCAAACGCACACAGUACAAGACGUGCGUGCAUGCGAGGGAUGACGACCUCCCAUCUGAAUGGCCAUGUUGCUGGAGAGGGAGGAGGAGAUGAAGAGGCGAGGGGAGGACAGCAGCACCGAGAAAUGGCCGUGGACUGUCCGGGAGACCUGGGCAGCCGAACGCUGCCUCUGCGACGCUCCGCUCAGCUGGAGAGGAUACGACAGCAUCAGGAGGACCUUCGGCGUCGUAGAGAAGAGGAGGGUCGGCAGCUGGAUCUGAACGCCUCACUCAGACUCAGGAACCUCUCCCAGAAUCCCUACAGCGGGAUCGACAACCCCACAUUCCUGCAAGACACACCGCAGCUGCCAGCGCUCAGCAGCCAGCACACACACGCGCUGCUGGAGUUGGAGGAGCUGCUGCUGUCGCUGAAGCAGGUCCGGGGCAGCCUGUCGGACCAGCAGAGUCACAAUGACAUCGAGUUGGUCCUCGCUCUGCUGAACAAGUCGGACUUCCAGUCGGCGCUGAAGAUCCACAAUGCCGUGGCCAGCAGCAUGCACCGACCGUCUCCGCCGUACCCCAACACGCAGCAGGCGCUUCCACUCGCCAUGGAGGUCAGGAACCUCCUGCAGGCGUGUCACAAUAAAGAAGGCCUGGAGCUGCACAGCCUGCUCUCAGACACACAUCUGCAGUCGUUGCUUCUGACCCAUGACAGCAUAGCAGAGAUGGAGAUGCAGCUGGAGCCGCUGCCCGCCGAGGGCGAGAUGCUGACGCAGUGGGGAGGAGAGACCGUGAAGAUUGUUCGCAUCGAGAAGGCCCGAGACAUCCCUCUGGGGGCGACGGUGCGGAAUGAAAUGGACAGCGUGGUGAUCAGUCGGAUCGUUCGCGGCGGCGCCGCUGAACGAAGCGGGCUUCUGUCUGAAGGAGACGAAAUCCUGGAGAUUAACGGCAUCGAGAUCCGAGGCAAAGACGUCAACCAGGUGUUUGACAUCCUGGCCGACAUGCACGGCCUCCUGACCUUCGUGCUGAUUCCCAGCAAUCAGAGCAAACCUCCUCCCGUCAAAGAGAGUGUGGUCCACGUGAAGGCUCAUUUCGACUACGACCCCUCGGACGACCCCUACGUGCCGUGCAGAGAGCUCGGCUUGUCCUUCCAGAAGGGAGAUAUCCUGCACAUCAUCAGCCAGUCCGACCCCAACUGGUGGCAGGCGUACCGGGACGGAGACGAGGAUAACCAGCCGCUCGCCGGCCUGGUGCCAGGGAAGAGUUUCCAGCAGCAGAGAGAAGCCAUGAAGCAAACCAUAGAAGAAGACGAGCCCGAGAAGUCCGGGAAGCUCUGGUGUGGGAAGAAAAACAAGAGGAAGAGGAAGAAGCUGCUGUACAACCCUCACAGGAACGACGAUCUUGAUAAUGAAGAAAUUCUCACCUAUGAGGAGAUGGCGCUGUACCACCAGCCGGCCAAUAGGAAGCGGCCGAUUGCUUUGAUUGGUCCAAGCGGCUGUGGGCAGGAACAGCUCAGGCAGCGGCUGCUCAACAGUGAACCAGAGCGCUUCGCUGGAGCUGUGCCUCGUAAGGACACGACGCGGAGCCGUCGCGAGGGCGAGCAGAGCGGUCGGGACUAUCACUUUGUUUCUCGGCAGACCUUCGAGGCUGAGCUGGCGGCUGGGAAGCUGAUCGAGUCCGGAGAGUUCGAGAAGAAUCUGUACGGGACGAGUACGGACUCGGUGAGACAGGUCAUCAACACCGGGAAAAUCUGCGUGCUGUGUCUGCACACACAGGCUCUGAAGGUGCUGAGGAGUUCAGACUUGAAGCCUUACAUCAUCUUCAUAGCUCCGCCCUCCCAGGAACGACUUCGAGCUUUAUUGGCUAAAGAAAACAAGAACCCCAAG